AUGUUUGGCUUCUUCUCCGGGCCCAAAGCGCCAGACCCGGUGCCUACUGAUCAAGUCGUCCCGGACCGAGGAGAGUUGGAGCACCACAUCCCUGCAUCAUUCUCACCUGAGCGCCCUGCUGUCGGAUUUGAUCAUGUAGACCUGAGCAGCAUGUCCGUUGCGGACCAUCAGGCGGCCGCACAUAUACCUCACCCCCCACGCGAUGGACGACCCGCGGUAGUGGGUGAUCCUGACAAGCUGAACGAGUUUAUCCACGGCCCGAACGUGCCAACCAAGGCCGACGACUAUCUCUACUCCGAUAGGCCCGAGCUCGGCUUGCGCAUCGUGUCGUUCAAUGACAAGACGGUCGUGGUUCUGCACUGGAUCCACCUGGCUUUCGACGCCACUGCGAAACGCUCGCUGCUAGAUGCAUGGUCCUUGAUGUUGCAGGGAAGGGAAGACGAGAUACCGGAGCCCCUGAGCCCCCAUGACUACAUUCUGGAGGACUGCGGCAAGGCACCGACAGAACGGCAUGUGCUCGCAGACCACCACGUAUCCAAGCCCGGCCUGGUCUGGUGGGCGCUCCAAAAUGCCUACAAUGUGAGACCUCAAGACCAACCACCUCCCCCUUGCUGGCCUUUGUCACUAACUGGAUCGAUCAAGCUGGCAUUCCGUGCCAAAGAACAUCGUAUGGUCUGCAUCCCAGCCGAUUAUCUGGCAAAACUCAGGGGGAAAGCGAUAGCAGAGUUGGCCGCAGAGGCGCCACCGGGGUCGGAACAGCCGUUCCUUAGUGAAGGAGACAUCAUUGUGGCGUGGACGUCUCGGCUGGCCAUUGCAAACUUGGAUGAUCCCGACAGAACGGGUGUCGGCCCUACUAACAGAAGCUUAUUCGCCUCUGUGCAGAUUGCAGUUCAGCAAGCGUAUCAAUGGCGACCCGCCUUGAAGGAUCUCAAUCCCAGCGACGCCCCAUUCCUGAGCAACUGCGUCGGCUUUCUCGUCACCCUCAUCCCCGGCAGAGACGCACUACAAAAGCCGCUCAGCUACCUAGCCUCACAAGUGCGCCGUGCGAUUGUCGAGCAAGGUUCCCGGGAACAAAUCGAAGCGUACGCAUCGCUUGUCCGCCUUGACCCCAGCAACCACGCACCCCCUUUCUUCGGGAACAGCUCGAUGCAGCUCUUGAUGUUCUCUAAUUGGACCAAGGCUAACAUGUUUGCGACCGACCUAUCGGCCGCGGCGGUGACUCCGCGAUCCACGCCGUUGACGCCCUCGUAUGUGCAGACCGUGCAAGGGCCGUACGUUUUCUCCGACGGUUUCAUUACCGUGGGCAAGGAUACGGGAGGAAAUUACUGGCUUUCUGCAUAUAGGACCAAGGGUUUGUGGGGAAUGAUGGAAGAGAAGAUGCGGGAGGAGAUCAUCUGA